AUGAAGGGGCGGACAGUGAGGAACAGUUCGUGUCCCGUCGUAGCGGUGGUGGUGGCGACCGCCCUGCUCGUGUGCCUGUGGGCCGCGGAGGAGGCCCACGCCCAGCAGUUCUCACACCCCUCCUUCAUGCUGCUCUGGCGAACCGACACUUCGUCUGGCUCGAAACGCAGCAUAAACACUCCCCCCGUGGUUGACCUCAGGCGCCUGCUCGAACCUCUCCUCAAUCCUUCGGCCCACGCCGCCUCCUCUUCGCAGUCUUCUUCAUCAUCAGCCUCCCAGGAAGUCGAGAGAGAGAAGAGGGCCUACACACCCGAGACCCUGUUCGACUACGUGGAACCUACCGAGGACGUGUUGGAGCAGAUCAGAGGCGUGGGUCCGAUGGGCUUCAUCGAGAUCGACAGCGCCUCCACCUCCUUCAAUCGCCCCCUCUUCGACUACGACUCUCUGGUUCGCGCCGCCUACAUCGUCAACUACAAGGUGAUGAACGGCGAGACGCCGGGCUGGGAUGACUGGGGCCUGUACAACGCCACGUCAAAGAGGAGGAGAGCGGAAGGCGCUGGUUCCGAGCGGCGAAAGCGGGUCACCGACGGCAACGGCUACGAGGAGAACUGGAUCGGACGCACCGGCGUGUCGCCGUUCAAGGUCACCAAGAAGCUCGACCGAGUCUCCCCCAAACUCGUCGAGUCGGCCUUCACCACCAACCAGAUCGGAGCCUCGCCCGACUUGUUCGAGCUCGUUGCCUUCUUCCGUCUGGGUAACUCCAGCGCCAGCCCCUACACCAUUAUUCGCCUCCACCACGCCAUCCUGUCCGAGUACCAGCUCCUCCUAGAUGAAGAGGAAGCGGUGGAGGAGCUGUGGUUCGACUACGCCAAGAUGGACUACUCGUGGGUGCCCAGCCUGCGGAAGUCCUGCUCCGACGAGGGAUGCCCGCCCAACGCCACGUCGACGCUCAACUGCCGCCUGGGCGUCCUCUACGAUUUCCCCUUUGACCCCGUCUUCCCCGGAUGCCCAACCAGCGUCCACUGGAGCCUCUCCAAGAAGUAA